UGCAUCGAUAUUCGAUCGAGUUGCUGCAAGCAGCAGCAGCAGCAGCUGGCGAACGUUGCAUGCACGACGGCAAGCAUGGCGGCCAUGUCGCGAAGCUUAGCCCUAGCCUUCUUCUUCUUCUUCUUCCUCUGCUCUGCCUCCAUCGUCUCGGCGGACGACAGCUUCCUCCAAUGCCUGUCGGCGAGCAUACCCAGCCAGCUCCUGUACACGCAAAGCUCGCCGUCGUACACGUCGGUGCUGGAUGCCGCCGUCCGGAACCCUAAGUUCCUGACGAACACCACGCGGCCGGUGUGGAUCAUCACGCCGACGAACGCCUCCCACGUGCAGGCCGCGGUGCUGUGCGGCCGCCGGAACAGCGUGCGCCUCCGCAUCCGCAGCGGCGGCCACGACUACGAGGGGCUGUCGUACAGGUCGGAGCGGCCGGAGGUGUUCGCCGUGCUUGACCUCGUCAACGUCCGCUCCGUCCGCGUCGACGCGCAGUCCGGCACCGCGUGGGUGGACUCCGGCGCGACGCUCGGGGAGAUGUACUACGCCAUCGGGAAGGCCGGUGGCCAGAUCGCGUUCCCCGGCGGCCUGUGCCCGACCGUCGGCGUCGGCGGGCAUUUCAGCGGCGGCGGUUUCGGCAUGCUGCUGCGCAAGUACGGCCUCGCCGCCGACAACGUCAUCGACGCCGUGCUCGUCGAUGCCAAGGGCAGGCUCCUCGACAAGAACUCCAUGGGGAGCGACGUCUUCUGGGCCAUCCGCGGCGGCGCCGGCGAGAGCUUCGGCAUCGUGCUGUCGUGGAAGGUGAAGCUCGUGGCCGUCCCGCCGACCGUCACGGUGUUCAACAUCCCGGUGACCGUCAACAAGGGCGCCAUCGACGUCCUGACCAGGUGGCAGGCCGUCGCGCCGGCGCUCCCCGACGACCUGUUCAUCCGCGUCCUCGUCCAGGGACAGACGGCCAGCUUCCAGUCCCUGUACCUGGGCACCUGCGACGCGCUCCUGCCGGUGAUGCGCAGCCGGUUCCCGGAGCUGGGCAUGAACCGCUCGGACUGCAAGGAGAUGACAUGGAUCAAGUCCGUGCCGUACAUCUACCUCGGCAGCAGCGCCACCGUGGAGGACAUCCUCAACCGGACCAUCUCCAUGGACACCUCCAACAAGGCCACCUCCGACUACGUCCGGCAGGUCAUCCCCAAGGACGUGUGGACCACCAUCUUCGGCUGGCUCGCGCGGCCCAACGCCGGGCUCAUGAUCCUCGACCCCUACGGCGGCCAGAUCGGCAGCGUGCCGGAGUCGGCGACGCCGUUCCCGCACCGCGGCGGCGUGCUGUACAACAUCCAGUACAUGAACUUCUGGAGCGCCGGUGGCUCCGGCGACGCGCAGCGGGCGUGGAUCAGUGACUUCUACGCGUUCAUGGCGCCGCACGUGAGCAGCAGCCCGAGGGAGGCGUACGCCAACUACAGGGACCUCGACCUCGGCGAGAACGUCGUCGGCGCCGGCGGCGUCAGCGGCUACGACGCCGGCAAGGUCUGGGGCGAGAAGUACUUCAGGGGCAACUACCAGCGGCUCGCCAUGGCCAAGGGCCAGAUCGAUCCCGACGACUACUUCAGGAACGAGCAGAGCAUCCCGCCGCUCGUCUCCGGGAAGUGAUCGGCGACGACCGAGCUGCCGUACGUACGUGCGUGCGUCUACAUGCCAGUUGAUCGAUCAGUCAAACUAGCGGUAGCUGUAAAUUUACAUUGUGUGGCGCACAUGGUAGCCAAGCUUAUACGUUUCUCAGUUUUACUGUAUUUAUCUCUAUCUCUUUUCCAUUACAUUUAAUUUAUGCAGUGGAUGUACUAUGUGAAAGAACGAGCUUGAUGCAUGCUCCAUUUGUUCUAUGCUUGUAACGAGUUCAAAUAA